CUAGAAAAUGAAAUUAGUAUUUCUUAUAAAGUUUUUGAUUGUUUUUUUUUUAAAAAAAAUUUCGUUUAUUAUGUUUACCUCCUAAAUUUUAUCAUACUUCUUUUGAAUUAUAUAAAUCCUGUAUGGCAAUAUCUCGCGCGCAUUAUAGCAUUAUAACAGAACUCUUUAUUUCUGCCUUAGCUAAUAAGGAACCCAUUCUGGCUUUUAAAAAAAAAAUUAUUUAUCUAAUAAUAAAACAAAAUUAAUACAAUACAAUACUCUUUUCAUUCAUUAAAGUUAUUAAAUUAUUAAACCUUCAUUUAAUAAAAUUCCAUCAACGAAUCAAAAUAAAUCGGAGAAAAUUCCAUGGGCAGUGGUUUGUCCAACUGCAAAGACGGUGAAGCAUUCACUUUAGAUAAUUAUAAUCAACAUAUAUCGCUUAAAUCUACGGAGGAUUUCGUUUGUGCCACUAAUAACUUACACAAUCACAACGAAAUGAACAAUAACUAUAGUCAUUUGACGAAAGAUAUGCCUUUUUAUUCAGCUGCCGACAACAAGAGAGUUAAAUCACUUCCAGAGCAUAGGGUUAGGAUCAAACGACCCGAUAAGGAGAGUGUUGAUAUAGUCGUCCGUUCCUUUUCAAUGGGAAUCGAUCCCGGGCCCAUUCAAGUCGAUGAAUCAUCUGACUCUAUUUUCCGCUUCAAAACCCCAUAUUUUAGGGGUAAAGCAACUCUGGAAAUUCCGCCCUUAGAUUUUAAAGAAACGUGGAUUUUUGGAUGGAUACAAGCGUGCUACGAUCUAAAAUUCGUUAAUACAUACGGAAAAUAUGGAUACUCUCAAUGGAGUAUACCUGGUCUGAAUGGCACGUUAGAAAAAGCUAUAUCCGAUUCGGACGGCAAAAAGUUCCCAUGGUACGGAAUUCGUUCGGACGAAGUUUUUGUUUUACCCUUCCCCACAACCAAAACUCACACUAAAGUUGUGUGCAUGAGUGACAACUUUUACCCCCACGUUACGUGGGAUUACCCCGGAGACAAAUUCGAAUCCGCUAAAUUAACAAAAGUUUGCAGAGAUCAGAGGUUCUACGUUUGGCUAGUUGCAAUGAACUCUACCCUGAGACAAAUAUACGUUUUGAAAGCUGCCAAAUGGAGAAUGAAGGUAACCGUCAAACUAGACCCCCUUAUGCCUUUGGGAAAUAGAACUAUAUCGGUCAGCGGCAAGCUAACGCCCCCACAAAUAUUUUUCGCCGACGAAAAAAAUAACCUGACAAAAUUUAUACCCUUGCAAGUUCUAUCUCCGCCUUCGGCAAACACUUGCCAGAUAUUAACCUGGGUCCCCAAAGGAAAAAAUAACAAAGGAAUAGUAGUUAUUCCCGCUAAACGGCAACUGCAUCACAACGAAAGAAAAGAUUUGGAAGACAAAAAAGAUGAAAAAAAAUCAUAGCAUAAUAUGACAAAUGGCUGAUAGUUCUGUGAUACAAUAUUCUUUAAUAUUUCCCCACUCAUUUUAGUCCUAUUUAUUUAUAUAUAAGAUAAUACAACUCACAAAAAACACAUACACUUAAUCGUGCAAUAUAUACUUAUAAUUAUUUUCAAUAUCAAUUAAUAAUGAAGAAAAAAUUGUGCAAAUUAUAAUUAUCAAAUUUAUAUUUUUUUUACAAAAAAAUGAUAUCAAUAAAACUCUUUAGUUCAAA